UGAAGACAUUCGUAUUUAAAACACAAUAUUUGAAGAUGUUAAACAAUUUAUUAUAACUUGUAUUAGUUUUUAUUAUAUUUAGGUUUGAAAAGUUUAAAUUAUAUAUUUGUAUACACUCAACGGGUUUUCUCUUUUUUAUUUUUAGAUCAUACAUUCAAUUUUUUUAAAUUUUUAUUUACACCGAAUAUGGUUUUUGCAAAUACUACAUAGAAGUCUUCUUUAAGGUAACGAUAAAUGAUUAAAAUAUAAUACUUAGGAAUAUUACAAUAUUAUUAUAAUAUCAUUAGUUAGUAUAAUUUAUACCACGCCAAAAAUUUAGAUUUUUAAUUUUUAUUUUAUUCUUAUUUUUCUAAAAAAAUAAUAUAAGAAUAAAAUAUAAUCCAACGAGGGGUUAAAAGAAUUAAUGUUCGUAGUAUAAAAUAUAAUAUAGGUACACAAUUCUAAAAUAAUGGAUAUUGUUCUUUUAAAAACUCGUGUAAACGUUUCUUUUUUUUUGUAAUUGUAGAACAUACAUAUUAUAGUUUAUUAUUUUUAAGUAAAUCAAAUAAUAAUUUCUAUACGCAUGGUAUGCUCGUAGUAUUAGAGUUCGCACUGAUUAUAUUGUAUGCACUAUUUGUUUAAUGUAUUUAAAAUAAUCAAAUAAUAUAAUGUUUAUAACACCUAUUAUUGUAUAAUGAUUGGAUUAAAAUUGUUCUUAAACAAAACAUAUUUUUUCAUAGUAGGUAAUUGUUUGUAAAAAUAUUUAUAUUAUAAUAAACUGAAUUGGUGUACAAAUAAUAUUUUAUUAAAACGAAAAACUGAAUAAUUUUCUAUACUUACCUAGGUCGGUAAAGAUAGGUAAAAUUUAAAAACAUCGGAUUUUCUUUUCAAAUUAUAUCGUUUUCGAAUUAUAGGUAUAUCGUGUAUACGGUUAUAAAAUAUAUCAACACCUGAUGAUUUUUUUUUUUGUAAAAUAUGUAUAGAAUUUAAUUUUUUCAGCAAAGAUAUCAUCUAGGUUCUAGAAUAGUAGUAUAAUAAUGCAAUGUACGCUUUUUCAUAUGAACGAAAUAAUUAAUUCGUUUUUAAUCAAAAAGACGACACACUUACAUAGCUACCUAAGUACCAUUGUAAAAUCGUUUAUUAGACAUAUUAAUCGACGACAACGACCUCCAUUUAGAAUAAUAAUAACAAUAUUAUAAUAAAUAAUAAUAUACCGUUGUUAAAAAAAGAUAAAUCACCGAGCUUUUAGAAUUAAACUCCUUCAAGGUGAUCCCGAUAAAGACGUAUUUAUGUUAUUUACUGUUCGUAUAUAUAACAUUAUUCAAAUCAAAAAAAAAAAAACUUAUCGUUUUUAUGUUAUUUAGGUCACAAUUUACGUUAAAUAUAUCACACUUUUUUUUUUUUUUAAAUAAUAAUAUUGUUAUUCAGUUUUUUGAUCGUAGAUGUUCUCGUAUAAAAUCGUAAUAUGAUUGUAAACUGUUCACAUAUUAUUAUUGUACACCAACAAUGAUAAUAUUUCCAUACCGUUUGUAAUGUAAUACAAGUAGGGUAUGUACCUACGUAUUACGGUAUAAAAUGUAGAACGCCGAACUGAAUUUUUAAUAAUAUUAUUCGUAAUUGUUUAAUAUUUUAUUCGUAUAAGAACAAUUUUUCUCAAAUUCGAAUAGAUAUCCGUAAUAUUUAUGAGCAAUUUAUUUAAAUGGGAAGUAAAUAUAGUUAAUAGGUUGGUAGGUACCUGGCCGCUGACCGGUAUUUCGGUUUCACAAAUAAUACAGCGUUUAUCCAAUUAUUAUAAUCUGCAAAAUGCACAUUCAAGUAGGUAUAUAUAAUAUUAUUAUAUGUAUAUUACGGUAGUAUUAAUGAUAAUUACUUAUUUGAUUUACAAACUGAAAAUAAAACUUGAAAUCUGCAUUUUCAUCUGAUGUUUAAACAGAUAGUAUCUAUAAAGAAUAGACUAAACAAAAAUAAAAUAAUAGUUAUCAUAAUCUUAAUAUAGGUAAAAUCAAUGAUUUUGCAAUAUUCGAAGUGAAAGUGAAUUUGUCGUACGAAUAACUAAAAUAUUAUACGAUUAAAUUAAAUAAUAAUAAUACAAUUUGAGGUAUGAAAAAUCAGAAUUUAUAUAAUAUUGUUUUUUUUUUUUUUUUUAUUUUUUUUAUUAUAAAAAACUUAGGUAAUAUUUACGAUAUUAUAAAUUAUUUUAUUAUUUCGAUAUAAAGUUGUAUAAUCGUUGAUGUCGAUAAAAACCACGUUUACAUUUUUCGACUAUUUUUUUCAAACCAAACACUUAUCCUAUUUUUUUUUCUUUUUCAAAAUGAAUUACAUAAUUAAAGGUUUUUUUUUUUUUUUGUAGUCCAGAUCGUUUUUUUUUCUAAAAAUAACUAGAAAAUCACAAAUAGAAAAAUUGACUAUUGUACAAUUUUAGAAAGUUCACGCUGCGAUAAUAAUCGUGUGAAAUUUAUCGAGUACAAAUAUUUAUCAUAAACCAUACAAAGCACAUAGGACACCGGAUUUCUUUGUAAGUUUGUCGGCGCAAUAUGUUUUUUUAUUCUCAGUAGAUAGUCGACAUGGACAGGAAGAGGGAAAAUCAUAUUAGGUAUGAGAUGAGUAUAUUGACAUAAUUUUUAAUUGUCCCCACAAUAACGUUCUGAUAAUUUACUAUAGUCGUGUUUCCUGUGCGGGUUUUCUUUGAGUAACUUUUUUCUUCUCAUAGUACUCUCUGUCUCGUGCAAAUAGAAUUAUAUUAUAUUUGUUACACUCUUCUUUAAACCAGUUUUAGUAUAAUAUAAUAAUAUAAAUUACGGCUGAACGAUUAUUAUAAAAACGCUAAAGAACCAUUUGAUAUAAAAUAACCGAAACCAGUUUGUCAAUUUUGGUCAUAAUUUUAUUCGUAUAAAUAUCUUUGUAAAUGAUAAAUGACAGUAAUAUUAUUAUAUUAUACACUCAUAUUUAUAUUUUAAAUUUUUAUUAGAAUAUCAUUUAGUUUUAUUUACUAGAAAUUAUAACUUACUCGCUUUGUUGUUCCCUAAUAAUAAUUGUUUAAUUUGUUUUUUAUCUAUAUGUAUAGAACUUGCAUUAUAUCACAACUACUAUGCGGAGCCAAAGUACAAUCUUUUGCAUUUUGGCACUGAUAACGUAUGUCAGUACUUCAGGAAUUUUGUAUCCAAGAGAGUCAGAAUCUCGCGAAGUCAAGUCCCUAGAUGGCAUGUGGAACUUCAGGCUGUCUCUACCCGAUCCACUCGUCGGUUUCAAGGAACGUUGGUACAUGAAAGAAUUAAGCAAGGUAAAAAAAUAAAUAUAUAAUAUAUAAUAAAUUAACCAUUAAAGAUUAUUGAAAAAGCUAACAAAUGUUCACAAAAGUUGUCUCGAGAUAUAAUGAAAACAAUUAUUUUAUUAUAUAGUAGGUGAAACAUUUGCAAGUUUAAAAAAAUGUAUUUAUCGGAAACAACUACACAUUAUAAAGAUUUAUUUCCGAUCGUAAAAAUAAUUGGCACAUUAUGCAAAUUUCGGUAUUAUUCUUCUUCAAAUCGUGAAACUUCACCUAGAUUUUAAUAAAUGACUACUAUACAGUUGACGGUCGUUGUGCAAUUUACUUAAUCGUAUAUUUACGCAAACGCAUAAACAUAUACGCAUAUAAGCACUAUUCGUUUACGAUACUAAAAAUCACGAUGGAACCUGCUAGAAAAACUGACUUCUAAGUCCGUAUACGGAGAUUAACAAUUUUAUUAUCGCGUACAAACAUUCAGCGGAAGAUUAAAAUAAUGAAAAUAUUCAAAUAAGUAGGUAUCUAUUUAACGUUUCGAAAAAUGUUAUGUAUACGAGACAGCUGAAAAUUAAUAUAAAAUAUCCGUUUACUCGGAGUGUCGAAGACAAUCUAACAGCGUAUAAUGAAAUUAGUAAUGUAAUUUGUUUGGCCAUUCAGCAUUGCUAUAAUAUACAUAAUUGUUGUUGUAACACACGCUGCGCCUCGUGUGUCUAUUGUGCAGAACAUAUUAGAAUACUAAUAUUGUUUUGUACAAGACCACGUGUACGUCAAGACUUGCUGCUGCAGUAACAAGCUGUAAUAAUUUAUAAGCACAUCAUAAUAUCAAUAUUUUGUUGCUGUUUUCCAAUACCGUGAGGGCUUAUUGCAAGUCAUAUUUAUGGAUUCUGUCUAAGAGGCUAAUAAUACGCAAUUCUGUACGGGGACGAACGCAGAAAAUAGUUUCGGGGAGUGUUUUUGAAAAUCAUUUAUUGAAAAUUAGAACAAUAAUAUAACAUUAAAAUAGAAUUAGUAAACCAUACAUUUUGUAGGGUGUUUGAAUACCCAAAAUACCUCUCUGUGUACCUGCCUGAUUCUGUAUCUAUUAUUAUAGUAUAGUAUGCUAAUCGUCUAUGGUGUAUAAUAAUAAAACCAUUUGGGUGUUUAAUUCUUAUGUGAUGCUAAUAAUUACUAAUGAUAGGCUCAACCGAAUAAUUAGGUACUAUCGAACUAUUAAAAAAAAAGAAAAAGGUCACGAGGAAUAUAUCCCUUAUACACCAUUUACUGUUUGACCAAUCCUGGUUAAUCGAAAUUGAACUAUUCUAAUCUAUUUUAUUCGAUUAUGGGAAAAACCAUUAGGUCAUGGAAAAAAUAUUCAUAUGUAACAUUCGAUAGUUCAUUUACACUAUAAAGUAUAAACUAUAAGUCUGAUCCGAAAUCUUGUUCGUAAGACUGCUUGUUUACUGGAUAAUUUUCUUAUCAUCACUAACCGCCAUCAGUCUACGAAAAUUUAAAAGUACCCACCAACACAUUACUCGCUAUACUUAAAAUAUAAAACAUAGAAUAGUAAUUAUUUACUACUAUGAACAUACAUUUGUAAGAGGAAAACCAGGCAACAUUUAGUGGGAUUAUAGUCCGUUACCGAAAACUCAUAAACAGUGUAUUCUUAUGGAAUGAAAAAGGGACACUUAUUUGUUCACAGUUUAUGGGCACCAUAUACUUUAAUCCGAGUGUGCUGAGGAGGGUAAUAAAUUGCAUAUAAAUAUUUUACGUCUACUUUUCUGAUCUAAAUUUUAAAUGUCAGAUUUUUUUUUUAUUAAGUAUAUUGAAUGUUAUUAUUUAAAUUAUUUAAAUAUUUCACUUAAGGUGAUUAAGUUUACAUUAAAAAAAAUAAAAAAAUAAUAAUAAUAACUUUAUUACUGACAUCGGAGAUUGUGAAUAUUACUAAUUAUUUUAUAAAUUUAUUCUAAACAAUGUAGAUAAGAUGUAAUACUUAUCUCUACUAUAAGUAUUAUUAUCAAAAAACACAUUUUUUUAUCGUUUUUUUUAAAAAAAAAUAAAAAACUAACUAUAUAAUAUAGAUUAUAGUUAAUACUUAAUAGUUAUGUAAUAAUAAUAUAAAGCAUAGGCAUUUCAAACCUACAUAAUAUUUAAUUACUGCAAUAGGUUUUGUACUAGUAAAAAUACCAAAUAUAUAUUUUAAAUCCAAAGUAAGUCAAUAAAACCGUUGAAAAAUGUAUCUUGACGUUCAUAAUUUACAAAUACUUUUUUUCACUAAAUUAUAUUUUAAAGAAUACAACUUUGGUUAUACAAUAAUUUACAAUAUCGACUGUUAAAAAUUAAUUACUAUAAUCACAAAUGUCUAAUAUAGUGUGCAUUUACACACAUUUCUGUAAUAUUUUUUAGCUUGCAUAAAAACUAAUAUGGAAAGACGGGAAAGUAUAGGGUUUAUAUUUAUGUUUAAGAAAUGAGCCCAAAAAUAAAUGAUGAUUGAAUUUGCAAUAAAAAGUAGCCGGAAUGCUGGAUAACAUGUUUCGAAAAUUUUUACUAUCUUAUAAAUAGUGUAAAAGGUUAAAAUAGUUACCUCGGUUUGCUCACAAUCUAAAAAAUUACACAAAAUUAUCAGACUGCAGCUGCAGUAGUAUUCCGGUACAGCUUUGUACCACAAAUAGUUUCAAUUCAAUAGAAUGUAUAAAAUUCACAAAGAAAAUUAAUACCGUAUAAAUAUUGUGUUUUAUUUUUUAAAUUUUGAGUGAUAUGGGAAAUGUGUUUGUUUUGCAAUGAUAUAUGUUCGAAUUUUUUUUUAAUUUUUAAAUUUGUACCUGUAUAUAACUUUUCUACCAGAAAUCUUGUUCCAAUCAAAAAUAACAAAAGAGUGUUUUAAUAAUAUUUUGGUUCUCGUUAGUGCACUAAGGAGGUAAUUUUUUAUUUGCCAUGUAAUUUUCAUAAUAAUUAGAAAAACCGUAAAAAAACAUAUAAGAAAAACGAAUGAACGUGUAGCGAUAUCAAUUUCAUUACUCAAAAUUGUUUAAUCUGAUCCUUAAAAUUAUACCCUCUUGUCACCGAUCGAUUAAAGUUGCAAGUUUAUUCAUGUUAAAGCAUAUUUACAUUUUUAUUUUUCUUAUAGUUUAUAUGUAUAUAUAUAUUUUUUUAAAAGAUUUAAAUGUUAAUAAUUAUUGUUAAUUAACCCGUUUAAUAAUGUAAAGAUACACAUUUUUGAAUUUUAAAUUUUAAAAUAAUUUCAGUGGUUAAACAAAAAAGGAACCUAACAAUAUUAUCCUGUUGUGGAAAUUGUCUUUCGACACAUAGAAGUAGCAUAAUUGCAUAUACGUAACGCCUUUUGGCGCAAUUUGAAUUUUAUUGCAAUUAUAUUACCUAGUUAUUACGACAGAAUAUUAUCGUAGCUAUUUCCAGAUAAUUUAUAAACGUGAGGCAAUAUAAUGCCUAAUUAUAAAAUGUCAAACAGGUGUUCAUAAUAUAAUAAUAUAAGAAUUAUUAUCUUGUAUAUGUAUUCUUGAAAUGUCCUAAAUUUGUGAAAUGGUAUAUUUGUAUUGUAUCAUAUUAUUUAUAAAUUAAUUUUGGUCGUUAUAUUCCGCUGUGUGCAGGAAACGUAUAUUAGCUCUCUCGAUGUAAUGAGAAACAUUGCGUAAAAAAGGAAAGUACCAACUAUUAAAAUUUGAAUUUAGUAUCGAUACGAAUUUAUGCCAACGAAUUGAUGACCCUGGGCCGUUAAAUACUAAAUUAUCGGCUUUUUUACUUCAAAAUGUAAGCUACUAAACGUGGAUUUCAUCUAACCUGUUUUUAUUUAUACUCAAUGUGAUUUUUCAACCACUAAGGGUUUUAGAUUUACACUUAGGACAUUAACUUCCUUGGAGCAGUGUUAGAUUUGAAUUUUGGACGAUAUUUUUGAGUUGGUAUAUCUAAAUCUCGAUUUUUGUUGUCAUUUUCUAAGCGCAACGGGAGAACCGUGUAUAUCUUGCAUGCAGGUUUAAUAAUAUUAUAAUAUAAUACGGGUUUUAAAAUAAUUCGUUUUUCUAUACUAUACUAUAUUUUACUAAUAUAUUUUGUUUUAGUCCGGCCCGGUCAUUCAAAUGCCAGUGCCUAGUAGUUACAACGACGUGACUGUGGAUAAAAAAAUCAGAGACCAUGUCGGAUUGGUUUGGUAUGAUAAAUCGUUUUUUGUACCGGAAUCGUGGAAGCAACAGGGCUACAAGAUAUGGUUGAGAUUUGGCAGUGUUCACUACGCCGCUCAAGUAGUAAGUGUAAUAUAUUUUAAGUUCUAUGCGAAGUGAGGAAUGUAUUGAUUUUACUUUCUUUUCUUUUUGUGUCCAAACAAAUGUCCUACUAAAAAUGUUACUCCAAUUAAAUAAUUAUAGGAAUUGACUUUCCGUGUAGCUUUAAUAAAAUGCUAAAUUGGGAAAAUGAUUAGUUUGUUAUUCAAUUUUUAUUCAUUUCUGGGUUACCAUAUUAGUCAUUAAUACUGUGCUAAAAAUCUUUUUUCGUUAACAAUAGUUUUUUGUUACGUAAAGAUAUAAGUUAUAAAUCAUUCUACACAUCCACCCUUCUAAUUUCCAUUAUAAAACAGUGGCACUGCGAUAUCAGCUAUAUCAGUCCUUUUUUUUUUUCUAGUGGGUAAAUACACAUUUGGUAAUGAAUCAUGAAAUCGGACAUUUACCGUUCCAAAGAGAUAUAACUUCAAAUGUAAAAUUUGGACGAUUAAAUCGAAUAACAGUGGCAGUCGAUAACGUUCUAUUGGCCACAACAGUACCACAAGGAGCUUUACAAAAUAUCACCACGUGAGUAUUGAAAAUAUACCUAAACUCUUACAUUAUCCACAAGAUGCUGGCUAAAUAAACGCUGCUUAAUCGAUUAUGUACUCGUAUAAUAUUGCUCAAAUAUAUUUUACACCGUUUCUUAAAAAUAAAAACACAGUGUUCCACGAAAAUAAAAUUAUAUAAAUCGUAUACCUACAUAAUAUGAAAAUAAAUAAUAAUAACAUUAUGUUGUAGACCUAGCUUUGAUUUCUUGCGCGUGAUAAUAUUAUUAAAACUUAAUUUUUGUUUUCAAACAAAAGUUAUACGACUAAGGUGUAUUAUCAGUUUGAUAAUAAAUAAUAAUAAUAAUAAUAAUAAUAAUAAUAAUAAUAAUAAUAAUAAUAAUAAUAAUAAUAAUAAUAAUAAUAAUAAUAUUGUUUUAUAUACGUGUUGUAAAAAUAAACAAACAUUGCAAAAUAGGUAUUCGAACACAACAACACAUGACGAAAUAUUUAAUAAUAAAAUUAUUCGUGACUAUAUUUUUGCAGGAAUAAUGGAGCUAAAACCAUUCAAACGUAUACAUUCGACUUUUUCAAUUACGCUGGGAUUCAUAGGUCAGUGUUCAUGUACACGACUCCUGUCGUAUACAUCGACGAUGUUGAUUUGACGACCGAUUACACGGAAGACGGCCUCGGUAAUAUGUUUUUCUUUCUAUAAUUAUGUUAUCUAUUUGCCUAACUAAAUAUUUAUCAAAUAACUAAGAAUUUGAAUGCAAUGAAGAAACUAUAAUAUUUUAGUAAAUUGGUGUUUUUUUUCUCGGAAAACCUUUGCUUGGUUAGUAAAUAAUAAAAAUACCUUAAAAGAUGCUGAAACAUUUUUUAUAAUUCCCAAUAGUUUCUCCCAAAAUUGUCUUCUAUGUUUUAUUUUAUUUUUAAAACCACUUUUCGUAAAUAAAAUGUUCCGAUUUUUUCAAGUAAUACUUUAAAUGACAUGGAAUUUCCACGUGGUAGUGCUUAGUUUUUUGAAACAUUUUUAAACGUUGUGAAUUACUUCCAGAUUAUUUUGACACCAAACUUUAACAGACUAUUGAACCACAUUAAUAAUUUAAUUUUUUAUUAUUUGAAUUAAUUUUAAAUCAUGUAUAGUAAGAAAUAGGUAGAUAAUAAUUUAUAAAAUGACAAGAUAAUUAUUAAUUUUGGAUCAUAUAAUAAAGAAGUUUAGUUUCUCCAUACAAACAAUGGUAGUUUAUUAUAAUAUAUUCAUUAUUAAUUAAUAUUUAUACCUAUGAUUUGGAUUCCGAUGUACUUUGUAUUAUUUUCCAAAGAUUGUUAUGCUUAUAUUAUUAUAAAUUCAUUUCAUGCACUUUUGAAUGAGUAUAAGAAAUUUUAAUCACUACAAGAGUUUUCGGAUCUAAAAAUUGAAAUAUGAUUUUUAUAUACGUAUAACAAACUAUCAAAACUAUUUGUAAUCGUAUUAUACUAUUGGAUAAUAAUAAUGUUAAAACCUAUAGAUAGAUAGACGAGUGGUGGCACAUAUGACAAAAUUAACGUGGUUUUUAGAAUCACUUGAUUUCAUAUUUAAUAAUCUGUUAGAGAAAUAAAAUCAAUACCGACAUCCAAUGAUACCGUUCAGUAUGAGUUUUUCCAUGAGUUUUCCUUAAAAUAAGGUCUAACUUGAAGAUGUUCAGUUGUGUAUAUAAAACUUCUGUACGAUUUACAAUUAUUCAAAUAUCAUUUAAAGCAAAAUUAUUAAAAAUAAAACAUUUUUUAGAAUUUUUAACGCAAUAGUAUUUUUUUUAAUAAUAUUACAUUCUUAGUCUUAGUUAUUGUUAUCAUUAGUUGGUAAACAUAUACCACGUACUGAAUAGAAAAUGUAUUGAUAAAAUAUUUCAAACCAGUGUAAUAUUAUAUUAUUAUUAUAGUAGAUAAUAUUUAUUGGAAAUAUUACUAUUGUGUGUUUAACAGACGCAAUGUUUACACCCCUGAGGACCGAAAUACUCGUUUUAUUAUGUUCGAUUAAUUUAGGUAACUAAUAAAUUAUAUUUCGCUGUGCUGUAGUUUUCAGGUAUUAAUGUGUUAUGCAUUCCUUAUAUUUUUAGCUUAACCCUUUCGUAACAAAUAUCUAACUCUCAUGUACCAUUUAAAUACCCAAGUCCAAAUAAAUACAAUUUAUUGUAAUAUUUCCAGGUUUUGUUUGUGACAUCAAAAUAAUAAUUUAUGUAGGCAUUAUAUUUUUUCCCUGAGCAAACAAACUACUUUUUCUUUAAUAAAUAAUUUUUUACUUUCGAAAAAUGAAAAAUCGAAUAAUUAUUACGUACUAGUUUUUUUAGUUUACUAUUAGUUUAUUUCUAAUCAAAUAUAAUAAUAAUAAUAAUACAAUGCUUACAAACUUUAUUAAUUAAAAUAGAAGGAGAUAAUAAUAGUUUUUUGUUUCGAUAAUUUUAUAUUUCCUCGAAUAAAUUUACGAUAAUGUUAUUUUACUAUUUUCCUGGAAAUAUGUUAGUUUACCCAAUUAUUAGUUGUUACACUAACUGAUAAUAUUUUUUUACUUUUUACCUACACAAAAAAAAAACAUACAUAGAUAACGUUUAAAUAAUACAAAUUUAAUUUUGACGAUUUAUUACUGUGUAUUAUUUUUUUUAAUCAUUAAUCGUUAAUUUUUUUAUAUUAUUUGAGUAAUGCCUAUUGAUGGUUUAUCCAUAGUUGUAUAGUUUUAAUUUUUUUAUUACCUAUACCUAUUUGCAUAUUUUAACAUUCAGUUUCUAUGUUAUACAGUAGUGCAACCAGGGAGGGAGUUUCUGAACUGAACACUCCCCUUACGUUCAUGUUUAAGUAAUAUAAAUGUAUUAAAAAACAUGUUUUUUUUUGUGUAGACAUGUGACACUCCCCAAUAAAAAAUCUUGGUUACGGUUUUGGGUACAUACUAAGUGUGUUUUCUAAAAAUGUAACACAUAAUGGUUAUAAAUAAUAAAUUAUGAAUUAAAAAAUUAUCAAAACAAAUAAUUAUCAGAAAAUGUUUCUAAUAGAUACAGUUAUGUAAUAGAAAUCUCUAAAAUUAUGAUGAUUUUUAAACGUAAUCAAUCCAAAGAUUCAAAUAUCAAUGGUGGGAGGCGGGUGUAGUAGUAUUAUAUAUGAAUAAAUCAUAAAAUCAUCUUCUUUAUCUAAUCCUAAUAUUUUUUCAAUAAAAAUACCUACAUAAAAUAAUUCUAUAAUUUAAUUUCCGUAAUAUUCCGUUAUUAUUAUUAUAGAAGACAUACUAUAAUUAUUGAGACUAUGUUAUGUCUUUUAUUAUUUGUUCGUAAACAAUACAAUUAUCCAAAUUCAUAACAUAAAUAUUGAAUACAUAUUUAAACUUAUAACAUCAUUCAUAUAUAAAUAUAAUACAAAUCAAUUUAUUUUGCAUCAAACGUAAAAAAUGUAAAAUUGACAAAACUUUACACAUACGCAAUUAAUAGAUAUUAAAUUCAUGUAACCCAAAACGUGAUCUAUAAUAUACCUACAUCAAAUUUGUAUAAAAUAUGCUAUUUUGAAAAGUACGUAAGUUGAUCAAAUGACAAUUUGCCAGUUACCACUUAUCCAUCUAAAUAUCUAUAUUUUAAUGAGUAAGUAUAUACCUGGUUUAAUGUUUAGGGAUAAUAUAUUACAACGUGAAAUAUGGAGGAUCACUGAGCAGCGACGAAACGUUGAAUUGUUCAAUAACAGUAUUAAAUAACGAAAAUGUUCGAGAAAAGUUUGUCGUGAUCAAAAACGACACCGAAGGUUUAUCGGGUACGAUACAAAUUGAAAACGUGAAACUUUGGUGGCCAUAUUUGAUGAACGACGUUCCGGGAUACAUGUAUACAUUAGAAGUAAAUAAAAUGUUUAAUUCAUAUUCCCUACGUAUGAUAAUUAUUUGCAAUGGAUAGUUUGCGAUAGGAUAGUGCGUGCAACUUUCUAAACAUAUAAAGUUACGCACCUAUUAUAUUUUGAUUUUCAAUUUUUAAUGCAGUACGCGCUUAGUACAACUACGAACAAUAUAAUAUUAAUAGUACAUUAUUAUUGUAUGGGUAUUAUUUUAAAUGUAUUAGAUACCUAUAUGGAUAAUAUAAUAUUAUGUUUGGGUAUAAUAUAUAUAUUAUUUUAAACGUUAGAGAUGACAAACGAUAAAUAUAAUAUUGGCUUAAACGAUAUUUUUAUAGAUCAGACUUUCGACCACUUGGAACGUGGACGACGUAUAUCGUAUACCAGUCGGGAUUAGGACGAUCAAGUGGACGAAUACUUCGUUCCUUAUUAACAACAAGCCCGCUUACUUAAGAGGAUUCGGACGACACGAAGAUUCGGAUGUAAAUAUCGUCACGUUUUUUCGUGCUGCGCAUAGGCCGAGUGAGACCGGAAAUAAUGACAGUUUGUUAUUGUUGAAUAUUUAGAUACGAGGGAAAGGAAUGGACUACGCGCUAGUCACUAGAGAUUACGACCUUAUCAAGUGGAUUGGAGCGAAUUCCUACAGGACUUCUCACUAUCCGUACGCCGAAGAAAUCAUGGAUUUUGCAGACAGACACGGAAUCAUGGUUGUGGAUGAGUGUCCAAGUGUUGAUACCGAGUGAGAAUAUUUAUAAUUUUACAGUGUGUACAUUUUAAUAAUGUGACGUAGUUCAGCACGUCAAAAGUCUAAAAUAUAUAAAAAAAACAAUAACUCAAAAAUGCGCUUUGAAAAUUUGGAGAUGUCAUUUUAUAGGGGAAAAUACGGAUAUCGUGUAUCGAUAUCGACUUAGGAAAUAUUGAAAUAAAACAGGUAUCAAGUAUCAAAAUUCAAAAUCGAAAAUUUUGCUAUCAUCCAUUUCUAUAACUUUUAUAUAAAAUACAUGUAACACUUGUCUACGUUAUUUUAUCUAAACAUUUGAUAUUUGUGUACUCGGUAUCAAUUUUUUCUAUACUAUUUUAUUUUAUUAGAUAAAACAUUUUUUUUUUUUUUGGUGUCUUCAGCCACCCGAUUGGUUAACUCUCUUUAUCGUAAUUCCUCUAAGUUUUUGUAAUUAUCCUUAUCCUUAGUCUGUCUUUUAAAAUGAGGCCUACGUUCCCUUAUAUGGAAAUUUUUUUGUCAAACUAUUUUGACGCGUUAUAGAUGCCCUGCCGUUUUAUACUAUCCGAUUAUAAUGCUAUACUGAAGUUUUCGUUUCGAAUUUAACUCUAUUUCAUCGGCCUAAUCGACAUGAGAGUUGUUUAUUAUUGUUCAUAAUUUACAAUUUAUAUUGUCUACACACUUCCACGGACUUCUGUCAGAUGUUUUGUAAUAUUAUAAAUUAUAAUUUAUAAUACUAAAUUUGAUUCGUUUUAGAUGAAUAAUUUAUACUCGUGUAAUAAUUAAUAAUAUUAUUAUAUUUUCACUUUUCAGUCAUUAUUCUGACAAAUUAUUGAAAAAGCACACCACGAGUUUAGCAGAACUCAUCAAGAGGGAUAAAAACCGGCCCAGUGUGAUCAUGUGGUCUAUUGCAAACGAACCGCGGUCGGAUCACAAAGACGCUGAUUCGUAUUUCAAGUGAGCAUUUACCUAUAAGAAAGUAGAGUAGACGACACACUAUACACGAAUGUUAUAAUAAUAACAUAUACCAUUCUCCGUACAAUUUUCACGUUAUUUUAUUAUAACACAAAUACAAGUGCAAUCUUAAUUUAAUGAAAAAUCAUUCAAAAUAAGUUUUUACAACAUUCUGUAAAACACAAUGUAACACAUUAUGUAAUUUUUUUUUAUGCAAUCGCGUUGAAUAUUUUUAAAUUAAAACUAGUUUAUUGACGAUUUCAUAAUUAUGCUAAUGUUAUUAGAUAUUCUUUUAAACAUAUAUUCUCGUAUGAACCACGAUAUUAAAAGCAUGUGGAGAAUCUCGGGAAUUUUUAGGAAACAUCGAUAUUUUCAUACGUUUCGAAUUUAUUGAUUAAAUACUACCAAAAAUAAAUAAUUGAUUAAUUGGUUAAUUCCCCUUCCUAUAUAUUGACAAAAUAUGUUAUUUUUAUUCUGUUAUGUAACUAUAGGUACGUCGUGGAAUUUGUCAAAUCAAAGGAUAAAACACGGCCGGUUACUGCCGCUCUGAACAAAUGGUACAGCAUUGACAGGGCGGUAAGUAAUUAGUUUAUAUAUAUAUAUAUAUAUAUAUAUAUUAUAUAAAUUUGUAAAAAAAUACUCUAUUAAACUAUUGCACUUGUGUUUUCUUUCAUCUGAGCUUUUACUUACUUACAUUUUCUCCAGAUUAAUUUUUAUAAUACAGUGGAUGUGGCCGCUUAAUGUGGCCAUCAGUUAAUGGCAAUCACCAAGUAUGGACAUAGUGGUCUAGUCCCAAUUCUAUACAUGUAAUGUGUAUCGUUACACAUGCAGGUUAAAAUGGGCAAUCGCUUAAUGUUGGCAAAUGUUACUGGUCCCAACGUCCCCACAUUAAGCGGAAUCGACUGUAUUAUUGUUAUAUAUAUAUAUGUGUGUUUUAAAACACAAGUAAAUAAAAAACAUAUCUAUUAUAGUAAUAUAACUUCACCGAAAUUCACAAUAUUAUUACACAGCAUUUCUAACACUAACAUUAAUGCAGGUACCUACUCUACGAUUAUAUUAUAAAGUUUAUUGCUUUAACUGUUUUAUGUUUACGUUUUUUGAUUUUGAGUAUUUAAAUAAUUAUUGUUUAGAUCGGUAGCUAUCUAUGUGAAAACGUUAGACAAUUCGCGGCCUAUAACAGCAGCUAUUGCGACAGAUGUCGAAACUGACCAACUGGUGAGUGGAAACACUAUGGUCAACAAAUUCUUCGCGCAAUCUAUUCUUUAUAAAUAAUGCUUAAUAGAACAUUAAAUGUUUACAAAAACAAAAAUCUGUUUAAUUAUAUUUAGUAUGUAACUAUUAUUCAUUUAUAGGGCCAACACUUGGACAUUAUCGGAUUCAACAGAUACAACGCUUGGUAUACGUUACCUGGUCAUACGGAAAUCAUCAGGUACAGACUAGAAGACGAAGCUACUAAAUGGCACAACAAACACAACAAGCCGGUUUUCAUGACGGAAUACGGAGCAGACACGUUGCCCGGUUUGCAUAUGGUAGGUAUCUACUUGUAUAAACAAAAUAAUACUGAUUAAAUACAUAUAAAACAAUUAAUAAUUUUGUUUGAAUUUGUCUUUAGAACCCGUCAUUCGUUUGGUCUGAAGAAUACCAAAUAGAACUUAUGUCCGAGCAUUUUAAAGCAUUCGAUACGCUCCGGAAAAAACGUUUCUUCAUUGGCGAAAUGAUAUGGAAUUUUGCAGACUUUAAAACUGAACAGAGUAAGUGAAUCGAAAAUGACAAUAAUUCUAUUAAUGUUUAUUACACCCGAGUGAUAUCACAGUGAAAUAUAUCAUUAGUUCGUUGGACAAGAAUAGGUUUGUCUUUGCCCAGUUUGAUUUUUUUACGGGGAUAAUUAAAUAUCAUUGAGAAAAUGUAUUGAAAAUCAGUUUCAUUCUUCACCUUGGAAAGCUUUUAUCAAGCUACUACUAGUAUAAUAUACAGUGUGAUCAAUCCUUGAUAAAAAAUUAAUUAUCUUGGAAAGUAUUAACUUUUUUCAAAAAAUUUAAAAAAACAAACAGCUCUUAAAUUUAAUAUUUCCGUUAUUUUUUUUUUAUUACUAUUUUUGGAUGUAAAAUCCUUAUCAGCUUUUAAUUUUAAAAUAGUGAUCUUUAUUAAAAAUACCAAAAUAGAUGAAGUCUUAGUUCAAACACAUUUUGGUUUUGACAUUUUGAAUUUCCGUUAAUCUGUGUUUAAGAUAUUCCACUUUUAAGUUUACCGUUUUGUGGGUAGAGGGAAAAUAGUAGAGUACUAUUCAAUUGCUGCGUGCCGUGCCGUGUAUUCAAAAAUAUAUUUAAACUAUAAAUUGCUAUUUGGAAAUCAAAAGUGGGUAAUAGUUCAGACUCAAAAGUAAGGUCGAUAAAAAACGUAGUGGAACAUCUUAGAGCUACUCGUUUUAUUAUAAUUGUCCGAAACAAAUUCUGAAAAAAGUUAACAAUAUUCCCGAGACAGUAAGUAUUUUAUCGAGAAUUUAUCACAUUAUAUAGCUAAACAAAGUAUGUAACAAACAUUUGUUUGUCUUGUUACAUAAACAGACACACAUGCAGGGAUGUUUUGGGUGCUUAAACACCCAAUAAAAUCGAUUUUAUCAGUUAAAUGUUAUGUUUAUUGAUUUUUUUUUUAUAAUUUUCAACAAUUUAUUUUCAAAAAGAUCUACCCGAAAUAUUUGUCUGCGCACGUCCUUGCAUAAUAUGUUAAUAUUAUUAUAUAGCAAACCAUUCAAGAUGCAUUUGCCGAAUGAAGCAUUUACACAUAGGGAAUUACAACUGUAUGAAGUGUUCUUUGUUUCAAUAUAUCGAUCACAUCGGUAUAGUCAUAUCAACGACAUUUCCGUUUGUAAUAUAUUUUUAAAGAAAUCGAAUAAAGCGGAUUGUGAAAACACGAAACACGUUUGUUUUAUAAUAAAUAACUCACAUUUUAACUCACUGUGAUUAAGUGCCACUAUUGUGAGUGAGGAGUUGGGAAGGUAGGAUAAUAUGAUAAUUUAAUUUAAACCUGUACGCAAAGAUAAAUUCAUUGCUUAUGAAAAACGAUUCUGAACGAAAUUCGAUUAAACGUGUUUUCGAUGUAUAACUUAAACUUAAACUGAAAAUUAUGUUAAUAUAUAUCUACAAAACAAAUACUUAACAACUGUUCAUGUUUUUUCGUCUCAAAUUUUCAAUCAAAUUUCAGGGAGCAAAAAAGUUUUAUUUGCAUACAUCGCGAAAUAGUUGGCGAAAUUCCGUGAUUUUUACAGUUAUUAUAAAAAAUAAAACCAAAAAAAAAAAUAAAUAAAUAAAUAAAUAAUCUCCCAAAUAAUUUUGUAAAUAAAAUAAUUAAGCAAAUUUAAACUUUUACUGUAUUUGUCUGCUGACUAAUUUUCUUUUUGGACAUUUACUUAUUAUUAUUAUUAAGUACUCAUGUAUACAUUUAAGUAUCUAACAAAUGUCAGAUAUAACAAUUUAUGGGUUUAUGAAAUUAUUAUGUUAUAAUAUAAUAUGUAUAAUAUAUUAUAUACAUACAUUUAUUAUUUAGUUUAUGGGCUUAAUGACAAAAUUAUGUUUGUAAAACAGGUGUCACGAGGGUAGGGGGAAACAAGAAAGGCGUUUUCACGCGACAGCGGGAGCCUAAAUCGUCGGCGCACCAUUUGAGAAAGAGGUACUGGGCUUUGGCCAAACAAUUGGACGGUGUACAAGUUCCUGGCAACAUACAGUCUUAUGUGAUGGAUAACGAAUGCAAAAAUAACGCUGAACUUUAAAAUAUGCUUACGUGUAACGUCUUCCAGCAGUGACGUUGACUACUGCAGCUAUUAUAAUUAUAUUAUUACAGUCUUCCUAUUUAUGAAUGUUAUACGGUUUUAAAUUAUAGUAUAAUUAAGUAUAUUUAACAGUAUAAUAUUAUUACGAAAAUUCAAAUUAAAUAUUACUAUUAUUCGUAUCGGAUAGCACAUAUUAUAAUAUUAUAUCGUAGUUAGACGAUUCGAGACAGUUUUUUACUAUUAUUACAUCAACUAUUUUCGUUGAAAUAUUAUAAGAAUUCGAUAGAAUUUCAAUUAUUUAUUUAUAAGUAAUAACAUAUUCAUCAUAUAAUUACAUAUUAUAUUGUAUAUGAUUCAAGGUGUUAAAAUAACGCUUAAUACUAUAUGAUUUUAUAAAGUUCAUAUUGAAAAAAAAACAAACUCACCUAGUAAUUUAUUUUAGUUCAACUCUGUAAUUAUGUGUAUUCAUCGACACAACCUGUUUUAUUUUUUAAAUACAUAAUAAUAUAUUGUACACAAAUUACAAAUAAUAAUCAUUUAUGAAAAAUUUGAUAUACCUAACUAUUCGUAUAUAGUUAAGACUUUAGUUGAAUUUAAAAAAUAAUAUAAUAUAGAAAACCAAUGAUUCAUUUUGUGAUCGAUAAUUCGACAUUUCCAUUUUCUAAGUCAUAUAGCGUAUCAAUAAUUAAUAGCUUACAAUUUAGAUAUCUACACCUAUGCAUUAUUUUGUGAUACAAAAUGCUUACAAUAUUGUUAUUAUUAUAGUUUAGUAGACUACAUUUUUAUUUUUGUGUAGGUCUUACAAAUUUU